AUGCUGCGCGAGUCACUUGCUACUUUGCCGCAAACGCUAGACCAGACAUACGAGCGCAUUCUGUCCGCGAUAAACGACGGAUAUUCUAAGUAUGCGUUACGCAUUCUGCAAUGGCUGACGUUCUCUGCGCGGCCGCUGUCCGUCGAAGAGAUCGCCGAAGUCGUCGCCAUUGACGUGGCGCGCGACCUAGCGUUCGAUCGUGAUGAGGUGUUAGAAGACCCGCUAGAAGCGCUGAGCAUCUGCUCUAGUCUAGUCACUAUCACGAAGAACGAAGCGGACGGGAGAUUAAGGCCUGCCCAACAGAUCAUCGCUCUAACACACUAUUCAGUGCAGGAGUACCUUGUGUUAGACAGGAUUAAGCAAGGGUCAGCAAAGCAGUACAGCAUGCAAGAGGCUAAAUGCUACGAUGUAAUAACGAGAGGCUCUCUAAAGUACCUAAUCCAGCUUCAGCAACCACUAUUAAAAGAGACUCUUAAGACGUUCGCACUUGCAAGGUACUCUGCAGAGUUCUGGAGCAGCCAUCUUCGAAAGACAAGAGACGAGAUGGAAAAGACGAGUCAUCUAGCGAUGAGUUUGAUGGCUAUUGAAGAGCCUGCAUAUCUUAACUGGCUCCGGUUGCAUGAUCCAGACCGCUUUAGUACUGUUACGAGACUGCUGCUUGACGCGGGUGCCGACGUCAACGCGCAGGGUGGACGCUACGGCAACGCACUGCAGGCAGCUUCAUACAAAGGCCACGAGCAGGUAGUCAAGACGCUGCUCGACCAGGGCGCCGACGUCAACGCGCAGGGUAGGUUGGACGGCGACGCAUUGUACGAAGCUUCAGCUGGAGGCCACGAGCAGGUAGUCAAGAUGCUUCUCAACGCGGGCGCCGACGUCAACGCGCAGGGUGGGUUGGACGGCGACGCACUGUACGAAGCUUCAGCUGGAGGCCACGAGCAGGUAGUCAAGAUGCUUCUCGACGCGGGCGCCGAGGUCAAUGCGCGGGGUGUAUUGUACGAUAACGCACUGCAGGCAGCUUCAUACAAAGGCCACGAGCAGGUAGUCAAGAUGCUGCUCGAUGCAGCUCUCAAACCGUCAAGAUGCUAUCUUGCUUUAUCGCGCUUGCUGCCUAACUCUCCAGAUGCUUCAGAAGUAGUUAACCCUAUGAACGAACAAGGGGUAGUCGCCGGAGAGUCGAUUAACAACGUUGACAAAACGGCGAAUAACCUGACCAACACUACAGCGAUCUGUCUCGGAGGUAGGUCGACCUAA